AUGGCUCCUGCUCUCACAGAAUCUGCCACAGCGGCGCMUCAUUUGCUUUCUGGCAAGCAUGUGAACAAAGCUCUAUUCCCAGAUGGCCACAAGACUUCUGGGCAGCACAAUCCCAUUGCCUCUUUGUUACGACCUUACUCCGACUUUCCCAAGCAAAUUGAAGGGCCAACGGUGUGGAAAGCCGAGGAUUAUGUUAAUAACCCGGAGAGAUGGACGCAUGUAUUCUCAGAGGAGCAAAUCGCCGAGUUGAGCACAGCAGCCGAUGCCUUCAUCGCAUCAGGCGUACCCUUGACCGGUAUAUCGAAAACGCACUUCCCGCUACCCACCCUUGAAACAUUCUUUGGCACAAUAAGAAGGGAGAUUAUCAAUGGUAAAGGCUUCAUUCUCUUCAAGGGCGUGCCCGUGGAACAAUGGGGUUUGCAAAAGUCUGCCACUGCAUACAUGGGCUUAGGCGCAUACUUUGGUUACUUUGUCAGUCAAAACGGGCAUGGCCAUGUCCUCGGUCAUGUAAAAGACCUUGGCGAAGAUCCAACCCAGAAAGAUAGAGUUCGAAUAUAUCGGACUAACGCAAAGCAAUACUUUCACACGGACGGAGCGGAUCUGGUAGGAUUGCUAUGCAUUGCAAAAGCUCUAGAGGGCGGGGAGAGCGACAUAGUCUCCACGCAUCAUGUCUUCAACACGCUGCGAAAAGAACAUCCAGACGUGGUGGAAACACUGUGUACCCCCAACUGGUAUUUCGAUCGAAAGGGCGAAGUUUCAGAUGGCGAGGAUCCUUGGUACAAGUCUAGUAUUAUGUAUCUCGAAAACGACCCCAAGUCACCGCGUGUAUGGGCUAAGUUUGACCCAAACAAUGUGACUUCACUUGCCCGGUUCAAUUCCGGACCAAACGCUCGCAUUCCGCCGUUAUCAGACCGUCAGCAGCAUGCUCUUCAAGUACUUGAGGAUACUUGCUCCAGACUAGCCCUGCACAUGAUCCUCGACCCGGGAGAUAUUCAGCUGCUGAGUAAUACCCACGUGUUCCACGCGCGUACGGCCUACAAGGACUACCCUCCAGGAUCGGUUGAUGAAGAGGGAAGACCGCGCAUCCGCAGACAUCUGAUGAGACUAUGGCUGAGUGUCCCGGAAGGUUGGUUGUAUCGACCAUUGUGCAUCUUCGCAAAGCUGACUUCGAGUGUGUGUAUAGACGAGGGUGGCUUUAAGCUACCGUACCACGACAGCAAAGAGAAGAAACGAGGUGGCAUUCAAGUCAACGACAAUCCUCCCGUGUGUCCCUUGGAUGCGGAAUGA